UGCACUUCAAAUUUGUUAUAAAUUGUUGUUUUAUUAAGAUUUAGUCCAGAUUCUGUAAUCGAAAACAUAGUGAAGAACUAGUAUAUAAGGAAAAAAAACGAUUAGAAGUAUCAAGAUGGUUAAAAUACACAUAAAGAAAGGUGAUGAGAGUCAGUUUUUAUAUGAAAUACCAGUAGAUACACCUAUAGAUGAUAUACUAAAAAACAUAACUUGUAUUUAUAACGGUAGAUUAAAAAUACAAAGACUGUGUGCAGAUGUUGAAGAUUUAGCUCAACAUGGUAUAACUCUACCACCUAACAUGCAAGGCUUAACAGAAGAACAAAUAUUUGAAUUAAAAUUGAAGGAUGAAUGGGAAGAUAAAUGUACACCAAGUGGUGGUUAUGAGGAAACUAAAGAUAAAUAUGGUAGACGUAAUGGAAAAGCACCAAAUAAGAAAAUGCAAGAAGUUUUGAAUAAAACCUGUAAGGAAGCUAAAGAUAUGAUCUCUAAGAAAAAGGUAGAAAUAAAUGAGUAUGUAACACAAGCUACUAUAACAGAAGCUAUUAGUAUAUUAAAGGGAGCUGUAACUAUUGUUUAUCCAAUGGGUUUACCACCCCAUGAUACAGUUAAACAUGAAUUAGAAAAUACUGAAGAUUUAUCAGGCACUCAGGCAUCUCAAGAAGUGAUAGAGGAACCCAAUGCAUCAUUAUGGUGGGCCGGUAAAGAAAUGUUACGAGGUAAAAAACUCUCAGAUUUUGUUGGUAAAAACGACAAAACAAAAAUAGUUGCUAAACUUCAAAAGAAAGGACAAGGUGCCCCCAGUAGAGAACCUGUAGUCAGUGAAGAAGAACAGAAGAAAAUGAUGGCGUACUAUUACAAAAAACAAGAGACAUUUAAGAAAUUGGAAAAUGAUAAUGAAGAUGCGUAUAUGGAUGCACCAUGGGCUGACAGCAAUCAAUUAAAACGACAGUUUCAUGGUAUAAGAGAUGUCAAAUUCUGAUCUGAGUUCCACUGCAUCAACAUUUAAUGCAAUAAUUUUAUCUGUUCAUUAUAUCACAAAGCAUUUUCUACAUUAUUCACCUCAUAAUUCAUCUUGGAUCAUUGAUGCAUGUAUGUAUAGAUAGAUAACAGAUAAUGUGUUACAACUAAUGCGAUACAUAUUUUAUGUUACUCAUAAAAUCUUAGUUCAACUUAACAAAAAAAAUCCUGACAGCAUUAACCAUUAUUGAUAAGAUUUUGAAUUUACAUUAUUGAUAUGUAUUCAGAAAUGUAGAAAUAUUAUUGUGAAGCCUGAAGAUUGUAAAAACAUUCUAACUAUUGAUAGAUCUUCACAAUUGUAUAAGCAUUAUUGACAGUCUUCAGAAUCAUACAAUUAAUAUGAAUUUUAUAACAUUUGCUGUUUAUAUACCUUGUUAUAUUUAUUAAAAAAUAGGAUAAUU